GAAGCACUGAAACACUUGCUGCAAGGGUUAACUGGAUUUGUUGUACUUGAAUGAAAUAAUCUGCUGUCAACUCUACUUUAUAUCUUUUUGAAAUGAACUGUAGUUACGUAGCAAAAAUCUGCCCUCCUUGGCCUCUCUAUGGUAUGAUAAUAGCUUAAUAUAUAUUUUGGCUGUCAUUCAACUCUUUAAAUGUAGUAAUACAUUUUCUGCUGCGCAGACUUUGACCGAUAUCAUUUGUUUUUCCCAAAUUGUAGAUCUCGUUUUCCAUGAUUUAGUAGACUAAUGAACUUAAUUAAGGGACCUCGUUGAUUAUAGAUGCCUUGCGAAUGAAAGCAAUGAGGAAUAAAUUGGAAAAUUCCGAAUGAAAACCUUAAAUAAUAAUAAUAAUAGUGGUCAAUGAAACAAAAUUUCAACCUGUUUUAGCAUAAAGAAGUAACAAUCUUUGAAAUGAGUGCUAACCUCAAGAGUCGAGACUAUAUAUAUGUGGAUGUGAUGUCCAACUUACAAGCACAAGUUAUCGAACAAAAGUGAGAAAGCAAUGAAGGUUCAUAAUACAAGCGUAAAUCUAAUCUUCAUGCUUGCUCUUUCUGCUAUCAUUUUCCUAUGUUGGUUCAACUUAAGAUGCAAUGCAGCAGCCGCUCUAAGAAAUGAGAUGGACAUGAGAGCAUUGCUCGAGCUCAAAUCCUAUAUAACUGAAGACUAUUUUGCAACCUUGGAUUCUUGGAAUGGUUCUUCACAUUUCUGCCACUGGCCUGGAGUUAAAUGUGGCCUCAAACACCAAAGAGUAACUCACUUGGAUCUGAAAGGCAAGAGGUUAGCAGGAAGCAUCUCACCUCAUAUUGGAAAUCUUUCCUUCCUAAAGUCUCUUGAUCUUUCGGACAACUCCUUUCGAGGAGAAAUUCCUCAGGGAGUGAGUAAUCUCUUCAGACUUCAGAACUUAAACAUGAGCUACAAUUUUCUUGGAGGUGAAAUGCCACGUAACUUGUCUCAGUGCUCCAAACUUGUGACUCUUGCUCUAGACCAUAACUCUCUGGUGGGGCAGAUUCCUUCUGAACUGGGAUCACUUUCAGAGCUCACCAAACUGCACUUAGGAAGCAACGACCUGAGUGGAAGUUUCCCGGCUUCAUUUGGGAAUCUUACAUAUUUGCAAGAGCUAGGACUGUCUUAUAACCAGUUGAAAGGAGAACUUCCGGACUCGGUGUCGCGAAUGAGAAGUUUGACAUUGAUUGAUUUAUCAGUCAAUCGACUUUCUGGUGCGUUCCCUCCUCCGCUCUACAACUUGUCAUCACUUAAACGAAUAGGCCUGUCCUAUAACUACUUCUCUGGUAAUCUGAGAAGCAAUAUUGGUGUUGCUUUUCCCAAAGCAGAGAAGAUCAACUGGGGAAUGAAUUUGUUCACUGGAACAUUCCCAGAUUCAUUUGCCAAUGCUUCAAAUCUUCAAAUACUUGAUCUUCCAGGCAACAAUUUUACUGGAAAUGUACCUGCAAGUCUAGGAAAUGUGCAGAACUUAAGGUGGCUAAACGUUAAUGGUAAUCAGUUGGGGAGUGAUGAACCUGAUAACAUGAAUUUCAUCAGUUCCCUGACCAACUGCAGCAACCUACAGUACUUGCUUUUAGCCCACAACCACUUUGGAGGCAUGUUUCCAAACUCAGUAACCAACCUGUCCACCCAAUUGAUGGGAUUACACAUGGGACAGAAUAGGAUUCAAGGGAACAUACCCAAGGAAAUUUCAAACCUGGUGAACCUCAAUGUACUCUACUUGCAAGAAAAUCGUCUAACUGGUAGCAUUCCAGCGUCUAUAGGAAUCCUUUCAAACUUGGGAACUCUUGACUUGGAUUCAAACAGAUUGACAGGCGAGAUCCCAUCCUCAAUAGGCAACAUCACGAGACUACUCUAUCUUUAUUUGUCUGGAAAUGCUUUGAAUGGAACUGUUCCUCCAUCCCUUGGAAAUUGCAAACAGCUGUUGAGGCUUUAUAUUGGUGAAAACAAUCUAAGUGGCACAAUGCCGGGGAAACUGCUGAGUUUGUCAUCCCUAGCACAUGUUAAUCUCUCUUACAACUCUUUUAUGGGCUCCCUGCCAAUGGAGAUUGGAGAUUUAAAAAACAUUGCUGGUUUUGACCUUUCCUACAACAAUUUCUCAGGCAUGAUUCCAAGCACCAUAGGGAAAUGUUUGGUCUUGGAAUCACUUUACAUGCAAGACAAUUCAUUUGAAGGGGCCAUCCCAUACUUAGCUGACUUACAAAACCUACGAGAGUUGGACCUUUCAAAAAACAACUUAUCAGGAGAAAUUCCACCUUGGACUCUGAAUCUUUCCUCCCUUCUGUACCUGAAUCUUUCACACAACAAUUUAGAGGGUGAAGUUCCCAUCCAAGGAAUAUUCUCAAAUGCAACAGCAUUAGAAGUUGAGGGGAAUCCCAAGCUUUGUGGUGGAAUCCAAGAGUUUGAUUUGCCACCUUGCCUGAACCAAGAAAACCAUAGAACAAAGAGGAAACAUCUUACGCCCCUCUUGACUGUGAUUAUCAGUGUUAUUUCAGUUGCUGCAGUAGCAUGUUUUCUGAUUUCUGUGUUUUUUAUCAAAAGAUCCAGAAAACGAAGAGAUGCAACGUCCACAUUUGGGCAUCUCACUUUCCCCAUGAUUACAUAUAAGGAGCUUCAUGAUGCAACUAAUGGUUUUUCUUCAGAUAAGUUGUUAGGCUCAGGCAGUUUCGGUACUGUGUACAAAGGAAUUCUUCGCUCAUCAAAUGAAAAUCCAGUAGCUGUCAAGGUACUCAACCUCCAAAGACACGGUGCAUCUAAAAGCUUCACGGCUGAAUGCCAAGCCUUGAGAAAUAUUCGGCAUAGGAACCUGGUGAAAGUCAUAACUGCAUGCUCCAGCAUUGACUACAAAGGAAAUAACUUUAAAGCCAUAGUGUAUCAGUUUAUGGAAAAUGGGAGCUUAGAGGAGUGGUUACAUCAAGAAUCAGAAGGACAAAUACAAUGCAACAGCUUAAACAUUCUUCAGAGAUUAAAUAUUGCAAUAGAUGUGGCUUCUGCAUUACAUUAUCUGCAUCAUCAAUGUGAAAUCCCGGUGGCUCACUGUGAUCUCAAGCCAAGUAACAUUCUUCUCGACGACAACAUGAUAGCACAUGUAAGUGAUUUUGGAUUGGCCAGGCUCAUGCCUAGUUUUUCUGGGGAAAGCAAUCUUAACCAAUUCAGCUCCCUAGGAAUACAGGGAACUAUUGGAUAUGCUCCACCAGAGUAUGGCAUGGGUGCUGAGGUCGCCAUAACAGGAGAUUUGUAUAGUUAUGGGAUCCUAUUGCUGGAGAUUUUCACUGGAAAAAUGCCCACAGACAAACUAUUCGAAGACAAUAUGAAUCUGCGCCUUUUCGUCAAACUGGCACUACCAGAUCGAAUAAUGGAUAUUGUUGAUGGAUCCGACCUUUAUGGAGAAAUGACAGGAGGGAAUGCAUACGAGAUUAUAAGUAGCGAACAGAUCAAGUGUGUGGUUAAUAUUUUACAACUUGGGCUAGCAUGUUCAGCAGAAACACCAGAAGAGAGGAUUAACAUGGAGCACGUGCACAGGGAAUUGAUAACAAUCAGAGACAGGUUUCUAAAGUAACAGGAACACACUGCUAAGCAGUCCCUACUUCCCACAGACAGCUCAGCGAAAAGCUAGAUUGAUUCGUUAGUUACCAAUUGUCUUAUGUACGGUCAAUCUCAGAUAUCAACUUACACUUUAUUUAAGACAUAUGGCAGUACUAUCUUUUUUUCUCCCAGAUGAAAGAAUAAAUCAGAAUGCCUUAGUUCAUUUCAAUUUAUUAUGUCUUCAAUCAACAACUGCUACUCCACAUUACUUACUAAUAAAGACACGAUAUUAAGCCUUAUGGAUUGAUGGUCAACACCAGCAAUUAAGAAAGAUGUCAUUACCAACUAAUUAAUCUUCAAUAACGUCUUAAAUCAUAUGAUAUCACAAAAGAAGAGCUCUGAACUUGCACAUCAUAUAAAACAGUUACGUAAUAACUAUUUCAGUAUUUCAUUCGUUUAGCAUG